UUAUUUAAUAUAUUGUAUAUUAAAGUCCAAAUAAUACAAUAAAAAAAUCUCGGUGAGGAAAUAGCAUGAAACGCAGUAUAAAUUGGGUAGCUUAUUCCCAGCUGCAGUGAAAAUGUGACUCACAUCCGGUUAAGAUCACUGUAUUCUAUUUGCAAAAUUCUAAAUGUCUGUAAAUCUGGGUGAUAAUUUGAUAUAUGGAAACAACGAUACUAACUACAAAUAUUUUAUAGAAAAAUAAAGAAAAAAAAAAGAAAAAAAAUCCGGAUAAGAGAGCAGACGGUAAUCGGAUUAGGUGCCGGCGUCCGGUAGGGUCCCGCUCCUCCCUCCUCGCUACAGUGAACAGUUCGUUGUUUCAACGUGAAGGGGGAACAGCGUUUUAACGGCCUCCAUCUGUCAGUGUUCGUUUAUCCGAAUAUCACUAAACAUCACAAUCGAAGAAACUAAUGGCGAUUAUAUACAAGUUUAGUAUCCGGUUAUACUGUGAUAACAACAGCAGAGUUCCUGGAGAAGGUGUGUAAGGCAUGGGAGACGUCUCAAGAAUUAUUAUUACUUCAUAUCAUCAACAGUUAAGCAGUACGAGCCUCCAGGCAAAAACUAAUGAAGAGACUAACUCAACAACACACCUAAACGAGGAAAAAUCGGAUAAGAAUAAGGAAUCCGGAUGCGGGGAGGGGGUGACGGUUAAGGAGGAGAGGGAGCACCGGCCCCCGCGACUCAUGGAGCCCCCCACCCCCAGCCCACCAGUGACCAAGCGCAGACGAACGGUGUUGUCAAUUGCCGAGAAGGCCGACCUGAUCCGUCGCCUCCACAAUGGCGAGUCCCAGAGGAAGCUGGCUCUCGAGUACGGCAUCGGUACGUCCACCGUCUCCGAUGUGAAGAAGCAUGAGGCGGAGAUCCUGAAGUACGUCGAGACUAACGGAGACUUCGUGGCCAUGAGCAGAAGGAAGCUCGAGUCAGGAGCCAAAGCCGACGUCGAGGAAGCCGUCUUCGAUUGGCUACUCACGGAGGUGCGCGGCGGGCAGGAGGUGAUGGGGACGGAGGUGAUGGCCAAGGCACGACAGGAGCACUGCAAACUACGCGGGAACGACGAGUUCCGCGCCAGCACAGGUUGGCUGGAGAGGUUCAAGAGGCGCUACAACAUCCGUUCCUUCAAACCCGAAGAGGUGGACUCCUGGCGACCGAUCAUUUCCAGGGUCUCACAAAGUGAACAGUUAAUGGUGGCCCGAGGUAGACGACGAGGGAGGCCACCCCUUACUAGAAUAGUGAACAAAGUAAAGCUCGGGGAGAGGAUAAGUAACGAACGCACCCUCGAUUUUCUAGAACACGUCUUGGAGGGAUCUUCACCACCGUCAAUGAAAUCGGAAGUUGAGAAUCCUGAUGACUAUGAGUACACGGAAGCCCAGUCUGGCGAAGACUUGUCCCCUGACACUCAGAGCACCUUGCAGCCACUAGUUAGUUUAGAGGAGGGGCAAGUAUCUUUAGAUAUUCCCCCCGUUCAAGAAAUACCUUCUGCGGGCGAAGCGGCCAGCUUCCUGUCGAAGGCGUUGGUGUGGGCAGCAGCGCAGCCAGACACCACACCUCAGGAGCUGUAUGUGAUGAAGCAGCUGCAGACGAAGGCAGCAAUCAGAUGUAUCAUGCACGCUUCUCACUGAUACCACAAAAUUUGCAUCGAAUUUCAUUCAUAAAAUAUAUGUAUAUCAUACUGAUCCUUGUGUAUAUCAUACACAAGCGACUUGAUAAUGGUCCAGGAUGGACCGAAACGUCGUCGUCUCUUCACUUUCUAAUGUGUGGUUUGGUCAACAUACUGAUCCUUAUUUUGUUAUAUAUAAUAUUUAUCCCUGCAAAGGGCUUUACAGACAUUUUAUAUAGUUAUUGUAGCUUUGUUUAAAUGUAUUUCUCAUCAGGGUAUACAUUUCUCCGGCCUGUAUUUUGGAGUAUUAGUAUAGAUGAGGCCUAAAGGUCUUCCUGGCCUCUCCUGAGGUCUGUUGUACACAAGGGUAAGUUUUACUACCCGCAUGUUUUUAUGGUUCAAAUUUUACACAAAGAUAACUGAAAGGCUGUGUCGAGAUAUAAUAUAUUUGUGAUAGUAGGUAUAGUGUGGCUACGGCCCAUGGAGGAAGCGGAGCGCAGGGUAACAUCCUCAACACAGUAUACGGUCUUGUCCUUAACGCUCAGAUAUAUCCAUGUUUAUUUUUAUGAAUUUCACGUUAUGUUUCAUACUUGUAAAGAAAUAUAUCAAUUUAAGAUAUC